AAGUCAAGUUCCAACGAAGAAGUCAAAAUGAAGACAUCUGUUAUUUUGGCUUUGCUUAGCUUUGUACUCGCUGUUGGCUUUUCAGUCGCAGUUACCGAAAAGGAGUUGGCCGACAUAACAGAUGAAUUUCAAGCAGAAAAACUUCGGGGGGGAUAUGACAUGAUAGCGAACGAUGGAGAGUUCGACGAAGAGGACCAAGAGGACGAGGAUAUGGCAAUCCCUACUAGUGAAAACGAUAUGGCAACCGAAGACGGGCACUUUGAUGAAACAGCAUUCGACAACGACGACGAUGGAGACGAAGUUAGUGACGAAGAUGACAUAAGAGCAGUAGAAAAGUCAGCCGACCCCAUUCGCUUUAGACGCUUUAGACGCGCUCUACGCAGAAUAGGACGUACACUCAGACGUAGAUUCAGACGUAGACUCAGACGUAGACUCAGACGUAGACUCAGACGUGGUAUUCGUCGUAUUCGUCUUAGAAUUCGUGGUGUUCGUCGUGCAUUUCGUCGUUUUCGUCGCGGUUGACAACGACCAUUUCAGUGAAGACCUUGAUGAAUACCAACCUUGGAAAUGCAUGAAUGGAGAACUUAGGAUAGCGAUAAAACAGCUCUCUACGCUGAAGAAUAUUGUGAUACUUCUAGAACAAAAAUGUCCUCAGCUCCUGUUGAAAAAUAAUGGGAGUGAAAUAAUUUUGUGAUUUGCUUUAAGUUCGCGUCGAGCUAGCUGGUAAAAAUAAAUCAAGGUCCCAAAUAUUAGGGUGUGUUGUUAUUGUUUUUCUUGUGACUUUGUUCACUUCAAGUUUUUUUUUUCUUUUGGCUGCAGUUUAGAUAACUUCUUUUUAGCCUGUUUUCCUUUUUUUAGCUAGUAUUGUAAAUAAAUGGUCGAAAACAACACCGACUACCACACAGCUACGUAUAAGCUCGUUCGUUUUCUUAAAACAGAACACUUUCAUCAGUGAUUCUUGCUUAUUAACUGGGGGAAAAAACGCCGAACUAUCAAGGAUUUCGCUGUGAUAAAUGCCUUUUGCCGAUAUAUCAAUAUCUAAAUAGAAAGGUCUACCGUCUCGUCAGCGGUUUCAAUUUGUUUUCUUCUCAAAAAAUUACCGAAUUGACUUAUUUUUCCUAAAAAAUUUUUAGACAUUUAAGCGUAUUUUAUUCUUCAUUAGCAAGUAAUAAAUAUUGUCUUGAAACUACUUCAGCUUUAACUAUAACAUACUCUUAAAUUUUUGGCCAAUUUCAGCCUUAACAUUUUAAAGUAAAGGACUUCUAUAAAGUUUGAUGUAUGCGCUGAACAGAUUCUUGUUUUGAAAUAAUAUCUUUCCUUAGCCAGGAUGACUGUCUUUCUGUGUGAGUUCGUUGCUGAUAAAAUUAAAACGUAAGUAAUUACGUAAACAGAUAUUCUAUUUUCAAUUGAUAUUUGAUGCUUCGGUGAAGUGAAAUGUUGAAAAGAUCUCCGAGGAAUUAAGUGUUUGUUUUAAUCACGUUAAAAUUUGAAGAAAACGCAUCGAGUUU